UCUUAGCUCUUACUGCCAAAGGAACAAUAUUUUAAUUCAAUACGUCUCCCAUUUCAAUUGGACCCUCUAUCCAUUUUCCCCAUAUUUUCAUCGUUUUCACCUAAUCCAAUGAUGUACAGAUUUCACUGUUGAAUUUGUUCCUUUCUUCAUCUACUCCAUUAUUUUUCAUUCACUCUUCUCUUCCAUCUGUGGGUUUCUUCCAACUUUUUUUUCUCAUAUGGAUAUCUCCAGAUGGGUUUUCUUGAUUUUGAUUUUUGUUUCUUUUGCCACAAUACCCAUAUUCUCAGAUUCUCAAUUGAGUUCAGGAGAAAUACCAGAAAUACCGGGUAAGUUUCUUGAUUUUGCGAAGAAAUCUGAGGUUUUUGAUUGGAUGGUGGAGGUUAGGAGAAGGAUACAUGAGAAUCCUGAACUGGGUUAUGAAGAAUUAGAGACUAGUAAGCUUAUUAGAGAAGAAUUGGAUAAUAUGGGGAUUCAGUAUAAAUACCCUUUUGCGAAUACUGGUAUUGUUGGCUUCAUUGGUUCAGGAGACCCCCCUUUUGUUGGGAUUAGAGCGGAUAUGGACGCUCUUCCUAUGCAGGAAAUGGUGGACUGGGAGCACAAAAGUAGAAAUCCUGGUAAAAUGCACGCAUGUGGACAUGAUGCUCAUAUUGCAAUGCUUCUUGGUGCUGCAAAGAUUCUUCUACAACAUCAGAACAUUUUGAAGGGAACAGUUGCUCUUGUUUUUCAACCAGCAGAGGAGGGAGGUGGUGGGGCCAAGAAAAUGAUAGAUGCUGGAGCACUAGAAAAUGUAGAAGCAAUAUUUGGUCUGCAUGUCCAUCCCAACUUUCCUUUGGGUAAAGUUUCUUCAAGACCUGGACCCUUUCUGGCGGGAAGUGGUUUUUUUGAAGCUGUAAUUAGUGGAAGAGGGGGUCAUGCCGCUAUUCCACAACAUUCGAUAGAUCCAAUUCUGGCAGCAUCAAAUGUCAUUGUCAGCUUACAGCAUCUAGUUUCCCGAGAGGCUGAUCCUCUGGAUUCUCAGGUAGUCACAGUUGCUAAAUUCCAAGGAGGCGGUGCAUUUAAUGUUAUUCCAGACUUUGUUACCAUCGGUGGCACUUUUCGGGCUUUUUCAAAGGAGAGCUUUCUGCAGCUUAGGCAACGAAUUGAAGAGGUUAUUGUUGGGCAAGCUGCUGUACAGAGGUGCAAUGCAACUGUGGAUUUUCUUACAAACAGCAAACCCUUCUUCCCUCCAACCGUGAAUGAUAAAAACUUGCACAAACACUUCCAGAGAGUUGCAGGUGAUAUGCUUGGUAACGAUCAUGUAAAAGACAUGGAACCACUAAUGGGAUCAGAGGAUUUUGCGUUUUACCAAGAGGUUAUCCCGGGUUACUUCUACAUGCUCGGAAUGCAGGGUGAAACAAAUGAAAACCCUGCAUCAGUCCAUUCACCUUACUUCAAAAUAAACGAAGAAGCACUUCCUUUUGGUGCUGCACUUCAAGCAUCUUUGGCUAUUACAUAUCUUCUCGAAGCACAACCACAAGUUCCUUCAUCAAGUAUAAAUGGUCACGAUGAAUUGUGAGGUGCUACUCUUUUGUAGGCAUAUGCACGAAAUAGAUCCUUGUUCAUUUUUAUGUAAUGCUGGAACCGGCCAAUCUAGCUUGAACUGUAUAUCUGGAACAAGGUCAACGUCUACAUAACAAUUAUUUACUUCAACAACAAUAACAACGUUGUAUAUUUUCUAGCAA